AUGGUGGUGGUUAGAAAAUCGACGUAUGAGGCAGAUCACGCUGCACAGACGCGCUCCGGUACGACCGUCCUUACGGAGGAGCAUAAGCGUAAGAAUUUGGACCUUCACUCCCGUGUAGCUGAUAUUCUUCCUCUUGACGAUAACCAUAAGCUUUCGGAUUGUGAUUUGCUCUACAGAUUUCUCAUUGGCAGGCAGUGGAAAGUUGAGUCGGCGGAGGUAUCAUUGCGGAACUAUAUUGCCCUGCGGAAAGAGCAGAAGCUUAACAGCAUUAUUGCAGAGCAGUACUGUGGGAAUGUUGAGUCGACCGCCUCUGUAUUGUAUGGCUUUGACAAGGAUGGGCUUCCUGUCAUGUGGAACACGCCAGAUUUCAGGCUCCUGGUGACGCUUAUAAAAGGUGGCUUUAAAAGGGAUCUUCUGCGAAUACAAAUGCAGGUGAUGGAGAAAGCACGUUUUCUAGCAAAGGAGAGGCAGGUGGAUCGCUGCAUGGUUGUGUUGGACCUUUGCCAUACAAAUAUAUCAUCUGUCAACUCCCACACCUUGGCGUUUGCGCGGGAGUUUGCAAAGGUUAUGCAGGAGUAUUACCCAGAGAUUAUGUGUCGCAUUCUUGUGUUCAAUGCUGGUUGGGCUGUGACAGGGGCGUGGAAGGCGGUAAGGCCGUUGCUAGACCGACGUGUGCAAGAUAAGGUGCAUUUUUUUUUCUGGGCGCCCCACGACGGAGACGCUUCGUCCGUUUAUUGCAGAAGACCAGCUGCCGCCGUCAUGUGGAGGGGAGGGGACAGGAGAUGA